AGUGCGACAAGGGAGGUAACUCCCAUCUUUCCUGUUUGUAAACAAAAAUAAAGAUGUAUCAAGAGCAGCGAAGUAACGUUCGACAAAGACGAACAGAUGAGCAACAAGAACCGGAUUCCACAGAUGAAAGAGAUACUACUACAAAUACAGACUCUAAAAGAUCGAGCGGUUGGUGUGAGUUUUUAGCAUCAGUUAUUCUUGCUGUAAUUCUGCUGAUUAUAAUUAUAAUACUGGUCAUCCCUUCUCCAAUAGAACCUAAAUCUUUCAGUGUUCAAAAAGCUCCCGAGUUAACAGGGGCAUUAACUCCCAACACCAAGUUACGUAGUGCUCAACGUGUGUAUAUUGGAGAAGUAAAUGGACCGGAAUCAAUAUGUGUAGAUGGAGAACAUGUAUACACUGGAACGAUGGAUGGUAAAAUAUUAAACAUUCACAAAGGACAAAUAACCGUGUUGGCUAAACUUGGUGAACCCCCUUGUGGUGGUUUUGAGGAUGAACCGACAUGUGGACGGCCAUUAGGUAUGAGACUAGAUCACAAUGGUUAUCUUGUUGUAGCAGACGCAUACCUGGGUCUAUUUAGAGUUAACGUAGCCACAGGAGAUGUCCAUUCUUUGGUUCUUUCAACUCAGAUGAUUAGUGGAACUCAAGCCAAGUUUUUUAACGAUCUAGAUAUUGCUCAGGAUGGUACGAUAUAUUUUACUGAUUCCAGUACCAAAUGGGGCAGACGACACAAUCGCUAUGCUAUUGUUGAAGCAGACGAUACUGGCAGAUUAUUAAAGUAUAAUCCUAAAGACAAAUCAGUUGAACAGUUAGUCAGUGGUCUGAGUUUUGCUAACGGUGUUCAAUUAUCGUCUAACGAAGAUUUCCUGCUCGUCUGUGAAUCAACUAAAUAUAGAAUAUGGAAGUAUCAUUUACAAGGAUCAAAGCGAGGUGAAAUGGAAAUAUUUGCUGAGAAUUUACCUGGUAUACCUGACAAUAUACGACGAACACCGCGAGGUACCUACUGGGUGGGACUAGCCGGGGCUAGGUACGCUGGAAAAUUCAGUUUCUUAGAUUAUGCAGCAGAUAAACCAUGGUUACGAAAAAUAAUAACAAAGAUUGUUUCACAGGAAACGUUAAUUAAAUUCGUGCCCAAAUAUGGUCUUCUGCUUGAAUUGAAUAAUCAAGGGGAGAUAAUCCGUAGUUUUCAUGAUCCUACUGGAGAGAAAGUGCCUGCUAUUAGUGAAGCUGAAGAAAAGGAUGGAGUUGUCUACCUUGGGUCGUAUAAUUUACCGUAUAUGAGUAAAUUAAACCUGCAGGGUUUAUAGUUGGCCUCUUUUUCAAUCUGAUUAAAAAAAAGGGCCCUUAUUCACGAAAACUUAAACUAAGUUACAACCUAAAUUUUAAGAAAUACUGCAACUUCAUUGGAUAUAUGCAAAUUGAUUUUACUGGUCAGCCAAUGGAAUUGCAGUAUUUCUUAAAAUUUUGAUUGUAUCUUAGUUUAAGUUUUCGUGAAUAAGGGCCCAGAUCUAUAUUUCGUUUCGUUUUUUUUAUACUUUCGAUGGCCUACACUACAUGAAGAUCUGACAAGUUAUAGCGAUAGAUCACGUCAGGGGUCAAAAGACCGACUUAUGACCCUUUUAACGACAGUUAUUUGAUUAACCAAUCAGCAUUGAUGUUACUAGUGGAUUACCCACAGUUCCGUGAAAAACACGCCUAAAGCUCGCCGUAACAGACCGUUUCAUUGGCUUAUCCCUGACGCCAUUCAGAACACGAGUUAAAUAACAACUCUUCCAGAUCCCAGUGUAGUAAAGACAAGUAAAACGAAAUUUUGAACUAUAAAAACGAAACGAAAUAAGAUCUGUGUUUUAACCAGAUUGCCUCUUGUUAAACUUGAGCUAUCACUUUAGUAAUCAGUAUAAACAAAUUUCAUUUGACAGGAUUUUAAUAUGUGUGGCCCGUGACAGCAAAAUGAGCCAAAAGUCAUUGAAUAUGAUAAAUGAACAAAAAAUGUCGAAAUAAACUAAAAAUAUCAUGAGAAAGAUAUUUUUAUACGACCACAUUUCGUUGCUCCAGAGGUUAUAGGGUAGAACUAGAAAGGGUUGUUACUCGUAAUCAGUUUUUAAUGUGUUGUAAUGUGAUGUAACUGACUUGCGACUCAUUUACUAUGACUGGUCACAUAUGGUUCAAUCAGGGAAUGUUUAAAAAAAGUUUUCAAUAUUGGAAUCCCAUUUGUUGAUGCAUUGCUAAAGUCUAGCACACUCAGAUAAUUUUGUGGGGUUGGAUGGCUGAAUGGUUAGCGUGCGCGUGCUGUGUCAUAAAGUCUGUCAUUGAGUCGACUGGCGUGGUUUCGAAUCCCCGGUUGUACGUGACAAGGAGUAGGGUUGCCUGUCCAACCUCGUGGGUUUUCUCUGGGUCCUCCGGUUUCCUCCCACUGCUAAAGACCCCUACGCGCAAGCGAAUUAUUGAAAUAAAAUUAAACCAUGUUAGUCCCGAAAUGACCUAGUUUGUGUUGAGUGGACGUUAAACCCCAUUUCUCUCUCUCUCUCUCCCAGACGAUUUUAUUAGGCAUUUCUUUAAAUGCUUUUUAAUUACCCCCAUAUUCUUAGAACAAAAAUUCUUGCAACGGCAAUAGAUAUUGAGUUGCUAAAUUUUUCUAACUUGUUGGAUGUUUCUGUCAAAGAAUUACUUGUUGCUCUGAAAUCAUACAUCAAUGCGACAGCUACCAAUAUCGAAUGGGUCCAUUUUGUUGUUGGACCAAUCAGAGCAUAUAUAUAUUACCAUGUGAUUUUAUAAAAUGACAGCUGCAAUCUGAUUACAAUACAGAUCUAUUUUUCAUUUCGUUUUUUAUACUUUCGAUGGCCUUAACUACAUGAAGAUCUGACUAGUUGUAGUGCAAGGUCACGUCAGGGGUCAAACGAGCAGCUUUUGACCUUGUGACAUCAGACAUUUGAUUAAUCAAUCAACAUUGCUAUUUCUAGUAGGUUACCCCCACAGUUCUGUGCACCUCACACUCAAAGCUCCCUGUAACAGAUCAUAUCAUUGGCUAAUCCCUCACAUAUCCAGAAUGCAACUCUUCCAGACCCUAGUGUAGUAAAGACAAGUAAAAUGAAAUUUUGAACUACAAAAAUCAAAAUAGAAUCUGUGUUUUGAUCAGAUUGCGUCAGUGAAAACAGAGACUGCAACCCGAGAACGGUUGCCUGCUAUGUGGCAAGAACCAAUCCCAAUUUGGUCAAUUUUUUUGUUAGACCAAUCAGAGAAUCUGUAUUACCACACACUUCACAACAUGCCCGAUUGCCUAACAAUUACUCAUUGCUUCAGUAAACAAAAAAAAAAUGUUCACUAGGCUUUACAUUCAGAGUGGGGCUCCGGGCCUGACUAGAAUCGCGUGGCCUCUAACGAGACGAAAUGAUUAUUUCAUAUCCUUUUGAAUGGCACACAUGUGUAACACACAAUUGAACGAUUUGCAAUACAAGAAUAAUUACAUAUUGUAACAUGCUUAAGGGUGAAUCUUGCAUUUUGAUUGGUCAAUUAGACACUGUCAUUUGGACAAUCACACCCCUCUGUUUUAGUAAUUUUUUUUAAAAUGCUAAAAUAGCAUGUUACAAUGUCGAUAAACACUACCUGCGAAACAGGAAGUGUUUAUCACUUAAAUAUCUGAUCAAAUACGAAAUCUGUUCAGUUCCGAAUGGCAUACAAUGCACGGAAAUUGCAUAUAACAGCGGUUACCGUAAAACUUUCAUCUGGAAUUUGAAUUUUUUCUCAUUUUGCCAUGAACUGCGGGGCCCCCUAAAUCGCAGGGCCCCUCAGGCCCAUGCCUAAGCUGGGCUUUGCAUUCAGGUGUAAAUAUUAUGGUUAUCAUAAAGUUUAAUAUAUGUUGAUGUAACUAGGCUAGUUGAGUGUUUUAAUAAUUGAAGUUAUUUUGUGUAUGAUGUUUGAAUAUAAAAUUGAUAAAUUAGUUUCUGAAAAUGUUUAAAAUUAAAAUUGUUGAAGGUUUGGCAUGAAGAUGAUUGCUUUUAGUUCAAUACAAUCAUUUCAAUAGAAAUUUAUUUGUGCAAUGGUUGAUGUUCUUAUCGCAAAUAAUCUCUUGGUUUCAAACAAUGUACAUUUAUAUGUUGUCUUUGUGAGGAGGUUGAAUUGUGGUGCCUUUGUAUAAAGGUUGAACGAUUGUAUAAUUUCAAAUUUAAGAUGUUUGAACCAUUAAGCAAGACUUAUGUCGACCUUGCAAGUGAAAGCAGCUGGGAGCAACUGGCAUCAACUGAACGCAACUGAGAAAAGUCAACCUAAGCGCAUCUUACAACUCAAAGCAACCACUUGCCUAUGUUUAACUUUCUGCAACUCGCUUAAACUAGCGGCAACUAUUUGCUGUCAACAUGAGCGCUCUUAUUACUGGCGUCAAUUUGUUUCCAUAGAUAUAACAUCACAAGAUAAGUGACAUGAGUUAUGUGACUUUAUAAAAAGGCAACAUGAAAGUGAACAAAGGCAUCCACUUUUCAAAUGUCGAUGAUGAUGUCGACAAUAGUGCAGUAAUAGAAUUGUGGUAAGACUGACCAUGCCUUUGGGGUCCGUGUUCUUAGGUAUUCACCAUUUUGAAGAUUGCUAUCAGUUCCGAGUCAACCUGAGUGCUCUGAAUUCAGUUCCUCUCAGUUGCUGAUUCGAUCGACAUAAGCAAACUUGCAAGUGGUAAAGUUGACAUAAGCCCCGCUUAAAACAUAUUUUAGUUAAAUUUCAACUUUUAAGUGUCAUUUAAAUUUUCUACUAUUAUUAUUUGACAUCUGAAUCAUGUUGGUGAAUGCUAGGAAAUAUGAGUAUUUGAUGUAUAUAUACCCAUAUAAUAUUUACUUAUAUGAAUUAUAAAUAAUUUUCCUGUUUCAGUAUUUCUAACCCAGCACCAUAAAUAUGCAACUUAAGUAGCGCUUGGGAACAGUUCCUGAUCCAAUAAUAAUGUGAAUAAUUGUUUAGAUUAAAAGUAAUUGUUUAGAUUAAUAGUAAUACUAAUAAUUGCAUAGCUUAAGAAUAAUAUAAACAAUUGUUCAGAUUAAUAAUAAGAACAAAUGUUUAGAUUUAGAAUAAUGUGAACAAUUGUUUAGAUUUAGAAUAAUUGUUCAGAUUAAGAUUAAUAAUAAUUGUUCAGAUUAAUAAUAAUAAUAAUAAGAAGAAGAAGAAGAAGAAGAAGAAGAAGAAGAAGAAGAAGAACAACAAAUGUUUAGAUUAAAAAUAAUGUGAAUAAAUGUUUGGAUUAAAAAUAAUGUGAAUAAAUGUUUGGAUUCAGAAUAAUGUGAAUAAAUGUUUAGAUAAAAAAUAACAUGAAUAAUUUUCUAGAUUAAGAAUUAUAUGAACAGCUAUUUAGAUUAUGAUAAUAAUUGUCUAGAUUAAGAAUUAUAUGAACAGCUGUUUAGAUUACGAUAAUAAUUGUCUAGAUUAAGAAUUAUAUGAACAGCUGUUUAGAUUACGAUAAUAAUUGUCUAGAUUAAGAAUUAUAUGAACAGCUGUUUAGAUUACGAUAAUAAUUGUCUAGAUUAAGAAUUAUAUGAACAGCUGUUUAGAUUAUGAUAAUAAUUGUCUAGAUUAAGAAUUAUAUAGACAGCUGUUUAGAUUACGAUAACAGUUGUCUACAUUAAGAAUUAUAUGAACAGCUGUUUAGAUUAUGAUAAUAAUACGAAUAAUUGUUUAGAUUAAGAAUAAUUGGUUAGAUUUGAAAAAAUAAGAAUAAUUGAAUAUGUAUUUAGAUUAUGAAUAAUAUGAAUAUAUUAUUUAAAUAAUUGUUUAGAUGGAGAAUAAAAGAACAACAAAUGAAUUGUUUAUUAGUGGUAUUGGUUUAGAAUUGGAUGUAUUUAAUGUAUAAUUGUUACUGUUUUAUUUGGGCUGAUAUUCCCAGUUAUAUUGUGUUCAAAUGGCUUUAAAUAAUAAAAAAAUAAUUUUCUUUU